AUGGCUACGCUUGCAAUUGCUCUUGUAUGUCGAUAUCAUGGAGCUGCAGCUGCUAAAGUAGCGAAGCUCACAUGUAUCCAGCAAAAGUCCUACCUUUCUUCCAGUGCUAAAUCAAAUGGAGCAGCUGUUGCAAGACAGAAACACUUGGCACCUUGGGACAGGUUUGGCAUUUGGUUAAACGACCCAGUUGUUCUACCGCCUCGAGUAGCAAAUCUUCAAAGUAAAAAGGUUGCCAACAUUGGCUAUGCAAGUCAGAUUGGAAAAAGAAGGGACAAUGAAGAUCGUUUCAGUAUAGCUGAACUCUCCGAUGGGUUGUUCUGCUUUGCUGUCUUUGAUGGACACGGAGGGACUGAUGCCGCUGAGUUUUGUUCCAGAUACAUUGGACAUUAUAUUCAGUACGCAAGUAUUUACUUCCUAAUAGUACCUGAAUUUUCAACCAACUUGGGUGCAACUGAUAGUGACUUCAUGCAAGAUGUCUGUGAUUCAGGGAAAGGUGCACUAUUCACAUCAGGAACAACUGCAACUGUGGCUUUGUUGAAGGAAGAAUCUCUUCUUAUGGUGGCUAAUGUUGGAGAUAGCCCAGCUAUUCUUUGUCAUGAAGGAAAAGCUGAGCAAUUAACUGAAGAUCACACCCCAAGGAGGCGAGAUGAAAGAAAAAGGAUCAAGGAGUGUGGCGGUUUCAUAGAUUGGAGCUGUGCCACCAACCCAUAUGUGAAUGGUCGAUUAGCCAUGACCCGUAGCAUUGGGGAUGUGGAUCUCAAACCAUAUGGAGUAACUGCUCAACCGGAAGUUAAAACCGUGGAGUUGCAACAUAUGAAAGACUGUUUCCUGGUCCUGACUACUGAUGGAGUUAGUGCAUUUAUGGAGGCCCAAGAAGUGUGUGAUGUUGUGAAAAGGUGCCAAGAUCCAUCAGAAGCUGCAGCUGUUAUAAACGAGCAGGCAUUGCAAUAUGGUUCCCAUGAUAAUGUAACCACCAUCGUUGUGCCAUUUGGAGCUUGGGGAAAAUACAGCACUUCACUCACUUGUACCAGUUUUGGAAGAAUGAUGGUGGCAGGCUCCCGAUGGCAUUGA